CUCUUUCUGGCAACCCAUUUCAGCAACAUUUCCCCUUAAGAAAAAAAAAAAAAAAAACACACAAAUUUUACCAUUCAUUUCAAUCCCAAUCCCAAUUCCAAUCCAUUCCUCAAAACUUUUGUUGAAGAUCAUUACGUUGCGAAGUAUAAAUUCUUUUGCAGGCCUUUUUCCCCUGCUUUUAUGGUUUGCUUGGCAAUUCACGAAUUGUAUGUAAUUAGAAUUCAUUCGCUCCGUUUCAGAGGGAAAUUGGGAUCAGUUUCCAGGUUGAGCAGCAGAGGGGGUGAUCCGGCGAGAUACUCAAUUUCUGGAUUGAGAGCGUGUGCCUUUCCCAAAUCAAUGGCGGUGGAAGUGUCCAAGGGGAUCGACGCCAGGGCGACUAUAAUUCUGACGUCCGGGGCGAGCGGAAGAAUCAGCGCUCUGUUUUCUAUGCAGGCGUUGCGGAGUUUGUGGCUGCUGCUCAAUGCUUUCGUGCUGCUGCUUCUCAUUCCUUUCCGCGGCAGGAGGCGAAUGGCGUCUGUGGCGGCCUCGGCGUCCCAGGAGAAGGGCGUCGGAAAGGAGGAGAAGGCCACGGAGCGGAAGGGCGCUAUUGUGAGAUUUCCGACGACGAUGCUUUCUCGGAAGAGCGCGGUGGAGCAGGAAGUUGCGGCGAGGAGAGCUAUGGCGAUGAGGCGGGUGAUGCAGGAUGAUGAUGAUGAUGAGACGGUUAGGGAGUUUUCCCUCUUUGUUACGCCAAGAGGUGACACCUUGUUCACUCAAUCAUGGACUCCACUUUCCGUUAAAGUCAGGGGAUUGGUCAUCAUUUUACAUGGUCUGAAUGAGCACAGUGGAAGGUAUAAUGAUUUUGCCAAGAAGCUGAAUGCAAAUGGCUUCAAAGUUUAUGGAAUGGAUUGGAUUGGGCACGGUGGAAGUGAUGGUUUACAUGCAUUUGUUCAUUCUCUUGACGAUGCAGUUAAUGACACAAAAUUAUUUGUAUCAAAGGUUCUAGGAGAUAAUAAUCCUGGACUUCCAUGCUUUUUAUUUGGACAUUCAACAGGUGGAGCAAUUGUCCUCAAGACUGCACUGGACCCGAAGGUAAGUACCCUUAUAUCUGGCAUUGUACUGACAUCACCUGCUGUGGGAGUUCAGCCAGCGCAUCCAGUUGUUACGGCCCUGGCUCCAGUUUUGUCGUUGUUGAUGCCAAGAUAUCAGUGGAAUACAGCUAACAAAAGGGGCAUUUCAGUAUCCAGGGACCCAGAGGCUUUAGUGGCCAAAUACUCUGACCCACUGGUGUUCACUGGAUCCAUCAGGGUAAGAACUGGGUACGAGAUUCUUCGUAUAACCACCUUCUUGCAAAACAACCUGAGCAGCUUAAAAGUGCCAUUUCUAGUCCUUCAUGGUACAGCCGAUCGGGUUACCGACCCUGAAGCAUCUAAGAAACUGUACGAGGAUGCCUCCUCCACUGACAAGACUAUAAAGCUCUUUCAAGGUCUUCUGCAUGAUCUGCUAUUCGAACCAGAAAAGGAACAAGUAGCCAAUGAUAUUAUUCAAUGGUUGGAUCGGAGGUCCUGAUGAAUGAAUGAAUGAAUGAAUGAGAUGAUGCCACUCACAUUUCACCAUCAACUUCAGCUGUAGAAUGAAUGAAUGGACUAAAUUAUGGUUAUUGUGUAUCCAUUCCAUUGUAAAAUAUAAUGUCCAUGACGUUUUUUGGUCCGGGAUUGGGAAUGUGCCCUAACAUGAUUAGGUAUCUAAGUUCCAAACGGGCUGAACCCGAUUUCUCAACUUAAAUCAUUCAAGCUUUUGCCUCA